CUCAACCCCUCCCACACACCCCUUUCCCAGAUCCCAGGUCAUUACACUUUGCAGCUCUCUCCCGCAGACUAAUCUAACCCUGAGCAUUGUCCCUACUCCCGGCUGCUUUUCUUGCAGUUAGAUCAUCUCUCCCUAGAGCUGGACUCCUUCAUAUUUCUUUCACCCCUUCUUGCUCUGUGUAUGUGUGUCAUUUUUUUCCCAUUUCUGUGUCGGUUGCUGGGAUGUAGGAUAUAAAGAAAGGGGCUUUUUCUCCCCUCCAGCAACCUGCUGAGUUUUGCUGUGGUUUUUUUUCCCUUCCAAUCAGGGGGACAAGUUGUCAGUCUCCACUUUGGCUGACAACUCUGCAAAGUACUUUUCAUCUGAGUGUUGAAUGUGGCUCGGGAAUUGGGCAACAGGUAGCAGCUUUUCUGGUGCUUUUUUGCAACAGCCCGGCCACUCACUCUGUGCUGUGCUGCAGACAAGAUCCAAAGACUGGAAGCUGAAGUUAAAUAAAUACAGGCUGGAGAUAAGGCAAGGGAUGGAUUUAUAGUCCAUUUCUCACCACAGUGAAGAGCUGAGGCUGUGUGAGAAGAAGAGAGAGAUGCCUUACAUGCUGAUUCUUCUUGCACUCCUCCUAAGCGGAGAGAAAAUUGAGGCACAGAGAGCAGGUUGCAAGAAUGUCCACUAUGACCUUGUCUUCAUCUUGGAUACCUCUUCCAGUGUGGGUAAAGAAGAUUUUGAGAAGGUCCGCCAGUGGGUAUCUAAUCUGGUCGAUACCUUUGAGAUUGGACCGGACAAGACCCGUGUAGGAGUGGUACGUUACAGCGACAGGCCAACCACGGAGUUUGACUUGGGAAGGUACCAAACUCGUGAGGAAAUCAAAGAAGCGGCAAGGAACAUUAAGUAUUAUGGAGGCAAUACAAACACUGGGGAUGCCCUUAGGUACAUCAACACCUAUAGCUUUUCCAAAGAGGCUGGUGGGAGGCUUAGUGAUCCAACCAUUAAGAAAGUGGCUAUACUUUUGACUGAUGGAAGAAGUCAGGAUUAUGUCAUGGAUGCAGCCACUGCAGCCCGUAAGGCAGGAAUCAGGAUCUUUGCUGUGGGAGUUGGUGAGGCCUUAAAGGAGGAACUGGAUGAAAUUGCUUCUGAGCCUAAAUCUGCCCAUGUGUUCCAUGUCUCCGAUUACAAUGCCAUUGAUAAAAUACGAGGGAAACUGAGACGACGGCUUUGUGAAAAUGUGCUGUGUCCAAAUGUCCAUGUAGAAGGAGAUCGAUUUAAACACACCAAUGGAGAGACUGAUGAAAUCCCAGGGUUUGACCUGGUGGAUUUGUUCAGUGUGAUGGAGAUUUUUGGAAGGAAAGAAAAUGGAAUUCGGAGUUCUUAUGUGCGACUUGGAAGCUUCCCCAUCGUGCAGAAAACUGAGGGUGUAUUCCCACAGGGCCUGCCUGAUGAAUAUGCCUUUGUAGCCACCUUCAAAUUUCGGAAGGCUUCUAGGAGAGAAGACUGGUAUAUUUGGCAGAUUAUUGACAAGUACGGCAUACCACAGGUCUCUAUCCGAUUGGAUGGGGAGAACAAAGCCGUGGAGUACAGUUCCAUUGGGCUGACCAAGGACGCCGUGCGAGUGGUCUUUCGAAGUGCACGAGUCAGCGAUUUGUUUGACCGCAACUGGCAUAAGAUCGCCCUCAGCAUUCAGUCCAAGAGCGUCUCCCUCUACAUUGACUGCAAACUCGUGCAGACAUUGCCUAUUGAAGACAGAGAAAAUAUUGACAUCCAAGGGAAGACUGUGAUUGGCAAACGCCUGUAUGACAGCGUGCCCAUAGAUUUUGAUCUUCAGCGGAUGGUGAUUUAUUGUGAUUCCCGACAUGCUGAGCUGGAAACCUGCUGUGAUAUUCCCUCUGGACCAUGUCAGGUGACAGUCGUCACUGAACCACCACCUCCUGAAAUAAGACCCACUGUUGGCAGCGAACAAGUGGGUGCUCAAAAUACCCUCAACUGUUCCUGUCCUGCUGGAGAAAAGGGUGAGAGGGGUCCAACAGGCCCUGAAGGUUUCAGAGGUCAAAAGGGAGAAAGUGGCAACCCAGGACUUCCUGGUCUAAAAGGAGAAAAAGGAGACUCAGGCAGAGGAGCAUAUGGCAGAGGAGAGAAGGGAGAACAGGGAUCCCCAGGCUCGCCCGGCCCCCCCGGGAGGGAUGGAGCGAAAGGAGAAACUGGGGAACCAGGACAGCCAGGGGCCUUUGGACUUCCUGGUCCAGUGGGCCCUAAGGGAUCUGAGGGACAACGAGGUCCACCAGGAAUUAAAGGCUACGUUGGAGCACCCGGCCUGCAGGGAGAAAGAGGAGAAAAGGGAACUCGAGGAGACAAGGGAGAACGAGGCCUUGAUGGAUUCCCAGGGAAGCCAGGUGUAGAGGGGAAACAGGGCCUUAAGGGUAGCACGGGCCCUCCAGGUGCCAACGGACCCCAAGGAGAAAAGGGUGAAGCGGGUCUCCCAGGACUGCCGGGCUCUGCAGUACAAAUGGAAGGUCUGAAAGGAGAGCAAGGGGCGCCAGGCCCACGAGGCCCUCCUGGAGUUCCAGGGACGCCGGGUCCAGCUGGUCUGGAAGGCAAGGCAGGAGUUCCUGGUUUACAAGGUCAAAGGGGCAAGAAGGGUGAACCUGGCUUCCCAGGACUCGAUGGCUUGCCUGGACCUCGGGGUCUUGCCGGGUCUCCUGGUGUCGCUGGCCCUCCCGGACCUCCAGGUGCUCCAGGAUUACCUGGAGAAAUUGGUGUUUCUGGUAAAACUGGACCACCAGGACCAGCGGGAUUGCCUGGCAAGGAUGGAUUAAAUGGUCUUCCUGGGCUUCUGGGCCAAAAGGGAGAACAAGGAGAGAGGGGACAGGACGGUUUUCCUGGGCAAGCUGGUCCCAAGGGCGAUGCAGGAGAUCACGGUCUAGCUGGUGAGAAGGGUGAAACAGGCCUUCCUGGUCCUCCAGGGUUACUUGGGAAGAAGGGAGAGAAGGGAGAUCUGGGUGAAAAAGGAAGAGAUGGACUCCCUGGAUUCAAAGGUGAAAGAGGUGAAAAGGGCGACGUGGGCCCUGCUGGUCCCCCAGGUUUACCCGGAACAACAACCUUGUUUACUCCACGCCCUCAGAUUCCUGGAGAAACUGGGCCGAAAGGAGAGAAAGGAGAUCGAGGAGGCAGAGGGGAACCUGGGCCGCAUGGUGUCCCUGGUGAGAUGGGGCUGCCAGGACCUCCAGGACCACAGGGCGCCAAGGGACAGGAAGGAGCCAGAGGAGAGCCAGGAGAUACUGGUCCUCCUGGUCCUGCUGGACCCCCAGGUCUCCAAGGCUUGUCAGGAAACGUGGGUCUUCCUGGAGAUGCUGGCCAACCUGGGAAAGAUGGACAAAAGGGUGAAAAGGGUGACCCAGGAAAGGAAGGAAAACCAGGACUACCUGGGCUGUCAGGUGAGCCUGGCCCUGCUGGAAUACCUGGCUUACCCGGGAAGGGUAAAGACGGAGAACGGGGUGAAAGAGGCUCCCCAGGCUUACCAGGACUCCUCGGACACAAGGGAGAUAGAGGGGCUCCUGGUCUUCCUGGACAGCCGGGAGACAGAGGUGCACCAGGAGUUGGAGAAGCUGGGCUUCCUGGCCCUGCGGGACCAGCAGGAGACAAAGGGCCAUCGGGCCCUCGAGGUUUACCGGGUGUUCCAGGCCCGCAGGGGCCAACUGGGCAGGAUGGUUUACCUGGAAAUCCUGGGGAAAGAGGACCUCCUGGAAAGCCAGGUGCCUCCUCCCUGCUUUCUCCUGAGGACAUAAAUCUCCUAGUCAAGGAUGUGUGCAACGACUGCCCGCCUGGCCCGCCGGGGCUCCCUGGAAUGCCAGGCUUCAAGGGUGACAGAGGUGCCCAAGGACCUCCGGGUAGAGAUGGGCUGAAUGGGAAAAUGGGCGAUCCUGGACCCCGGGGUCUCCCAGGCCCUCCAGGGGUGGAUGGUCCAAAGGGCACUAAAGGAGACCGUGGGACAUCUGGGGAUGCUGGUGAAAAAGGUGGACAGGGUCACCCUGGGAUGCCUGGAUUCUCGGGACCUCCUGGAAACCCAGGGCCCCCUGGACCAGAUGGCAAACCAGGACCUGCACGAACAAUAUUAGCUUCUUUAAAAUCUUGUCUGAACAAUAACCCAUCUGUGGCCACUUUACAGGGUAAAGAUGGCCCACCUGGUCCCCCAGGCCCACCAGGACUGCCUGGCCUUCAGGGCGCUGACGGCAAGGAUGGCAAGCCUGGAUCUCCCGGGGAACUAGGCAAACCAGGAGAACCUGGACUCCCCGGCCAAGAGGGGGCCAGAGGGUUACCGGGUUUCAAGGGGCCCAGAGGAGAUGCAGGUCCCCCAGGACCCAGGGGAGAGCCAGGCGGGACCGGGCCGGCCGGUCGUGAGGGCCCACCGGGGAAGGAUGGCGAUAUGGGCCCCAUUGGACCUCAAGGUCCUCGAGGACUCAGAGGGCAGCCAGGCAAGAAUGGCUCACCCGGUGCCCCAGGGGAAGCUGGUCCUGCAGGUAACCCAGGCCCAAAAGGAAACAAAGGAGAAAAUGGCAGUCCUGGACUUCCUGGAUUUAUUGGGCCUCGAGGCCCUCCGGGAGACACAGGAGAGAAGGGGCCUUCCGGAAAAGAGGGCGCCGCCGGGAAACCAGGCAACCAUGGACCCAAAGGAGACAGGGGAGAUCCUGGCGUCAAAGGUGACAAGGGCCCACAGGGAGAGAAAGGCCUGCCUGGGGAUCCUGGCAUACCUGGCCAUAAAGGCCACACUGGAUUGAUGGGUCCCCAGGGACCUCCAGGCGACAGUGGACAAGCUGGCCCACCAGGACCUCCAGGACAGCCAGGCUUCCCCGGACCCAGGGGGGACUCUCCCUCACUGGAGACUCUGAGAAGGCUCAUCCAAGAAGAGUUAGGAAAGCAGCUAGAUGCCAAACUAGCCUACCUCAUGGCUCAGAUGCAGCCAGCACAUAUUAAAGCACCACAAGGCAGACCAGGGCCUCCGGGGCCUCCUGGCAAGGAAGGACUCCCAGGAAGACCAGGCCCAUCAGGAGAACCAGGCCGGCCUGGACAGACAGGGUCUGAAGGACCCCCCGGCCCAGUGGGUCCAAAAGGGGAAAGAGGUGUGAAGGGUGAGAGAGGAGACACCGGCGUUGGUCAGAGGGGUGAAAUUGGUCCUCCAGGAAUUCCAGGCCUUCCAGGAGAACCUGGCUAUGGUAAAGAUGGGAUGCCAGGUGCACCUGGUCCACAAGGAGAAGCAGGGGUGCCAGGCCUCAUGGGCCCACAGGGACCUCCGGGAGCCAAUGGACAGUGCGAUCCUUCUCAGUGUGCUUACUAUGCAAGUCUGGCCGCCCGGCCUGGCAAUGUCAAAGGGCCCUAAGCAGCCCUGGGGACUUUCUCCAGUCUGCUUUCUAAAACUUGAAUUCAGCAAAGCUACCAGGAGCUCUUGGAGUGUUGCCUUCUUGCAUUUCUGUAUGGGAGGCCUUUGAAAUGAUCAAAGCCAACAUAUGCUGCCGGUCGGUCAGAUUAUUAUUAUUAAUGAUUAUUUUUAUUAUCUCUUUGUUGAUGUGAGAAAUGAGUUUGGUUUUGUUCUAACAUCAGGGCAAAUUUUAAAAAAUUAAAAAUAACUUUUUACCUAUGAUAUCGAUAUCUAGCAUAACCGUUGUGGUUGACAUGGAACCCAUGUGAGGGGUGAAACCUCUGCUCAGCUGGUGAAUUCCUUUCCAGGCUUCCUUUCCAUGUUCGAAUAUGAAAAUCGCAGUGCACUGUGUGGCGCACACUAGGGACUGUGAGAAACAAGCCGACAGUGGGAUUGCUGGCACUAAUUGCAAGCUGCUAAAACGCACUGGGGAAAACAGUGCCGUGGGGAGACUGAAAAAUAGCUAGUCCCCACUGCGUUCAGCUAACAAUGGACAAUAAGUUACAGACAACAAGUGUAGGAUCUCCCAGAACUAUAUUCUCCUUGCUCAUUAAGGAUACCAACUUUAAUCAUAAAUAGCCACUUGCCUGGCUUUUCUCAGCAUGAGGAGUGCUCUGCAAACGAGGCAAAGGAGAGCUGAGAAGAUGAAGAGGGAUUCGGUUUCCAGUAGAAUUGUUCUCCCUGUACCCUGUACGUGCUCUUGAGUUCCACUCCAAAAGGCAAAGAUUUUAUUCCUGGUAACCGGGGCCUCUGCUUGUCCAGGAGAAGCAAGCGGCCAGCAAGUGCCAAGUGCAUGCUCCUCGACAUCUUCAGCUAGCAGAGUUCUAUUGCUGCCCUGCCGUGGGGGCAUGGACCACACCCAUUAGAGGGAAUACAGUGAUCUUCCAGUACUUGGCUGGGGAUAUGUUCUGUAGGAAGUCAGGGGAGGUGAUUAGCUUGGUUGUGUCUGGACAGAAAAUCUGAGAGGAUGUGCAGGCCACUGUUUCUGGUCAUCUAGAGGAACACGGUCAAAGUAGUGUAGCCUUUUGGAAAGAGGAGUGGACAACGGGCAGUGGAAAAUGUAGUCUUGUCUUUUCCAGAGUGGUGAGUGCAACAAAGCAUUUGGAGAAGGAAAUUCUGUGUGUAUCCCAAGAGGUCAAUAACACCUGCCCCCCAAAGCUAGCUCCUAAGCUAACAGGACCGCCUGGCUGCAGAAAUUGAUGUACAUAUAUACAGAAUGAAUAAAGAUUAGGAUUGGCCAGGCUGGGUUUUGGGAAGACAAUCUCUUCUACAAUAAGUCCUUCCUCAUUCUAAACCCCUGCAUAUCCAGACAUACACACGAGACGGAUUUUCAAACAUAGCCAACACCAGCUGGGCCAGAUUUUUGGAAAAACUCAGCUCCUAUGAAGGCAUGUGAAUGAAGUUCCCAGAUUUCCAGUGCACAGAUCCUCACCUGGUUCCCAAUGAGGGUGAGGCAUUCUCCAGUGCUCUCAGUGGGAACCGCUGAAUGUUGAGUGGUGCUGAAAAUCUGAGCAGCUCUUCUUGUUGCCUCAGUGAGAGCUCUUUUGAAACAUCCAUCCCCAGAGCACAUGUUCGCUUGAUGGCAUUGCCUUCCAAGGUAUUGAACCUGACCAGGCACCACAAGCUGGGGGCAUGGGUCCAUCCCAGACAUAGAACCAGUGUGCACGGCACAGACAUCACCAUUUUGACACAUUGGAUCCCUUCCCCGCCCCCAACAUGGGUAAUAUUUUGUUUGUUAAACAUGAAAUAACAGUAACAGAUUAAAUCCCCUGGUAAAAACCUUGCCUCUGUAGUUUGGAAGUGUGUCACCCCUGUGCAAAUAAGCCGUGGCUGUCCCUGUGCUUUAUAAAGGCUAGUAAACAUGGAAGUUCUAUGCAGCAAAGCGUUUGUUGCUUCCAAGUAACUCCAGAGAAUGCCUCUACUGGUGCCACUUCCUCGCAGGGCAGCCCUCUGCAGUACACUCAGGCUACGUCUACACGAAUGGCUUCUUGCUCAAGAACAUCUUUCGCGAGGGUUCUUGUGCAA